CGUUGGGCAUGCGCAUGCGAGUAAUACGCUGAGGCGCCUGCGGUGACGCGCUGUCGCCUGUCGCGUGAAGUUGGCUGUGAGCAAGAGGAGGCCUCCGGGAACAUAUGUAUAUACGUUCAAGGAGCUUCGAGGCCAUCGUCAUUCGCGGUUACGUUCAGGCGGCUGUCACAAACUGCGCGAGCGAGUGUGUGCGUGUGCGAGUGUCGGUUUUGACGUCCAUGACGGAGAUGUUUUAGACCACUUCCCAAGGAAACCGCACUUCCAACCCGGUGUGUUGCUCGUACUCGCAAAUUGACGUCUCCUCAGCUGGUGAGCGGUCAUCGUGUACAGGAUUGCGAUUGAAGGUGGUAAAAGAUGUUGGCGAGCAGCCAGACUUAUGUCCAAGAGAGUCACGUGCAUCGCCGUUUGCUGAUCUACUUGGAUGUUGACACUUUGAGACACUGCGAGCAUUAAAACCAGCUGUAGAUCCUCCACCAGGAGUGGUGACGAUGCAAAAUAACUCUAAAACCAGAGAGAUGUUCAUUGUCCGAGCUUUGGAGAAGAUAUUGGCUGAUCGAGAUGUCAAGAGGUCGCAUCUCUCGCAGCUCAGGAAGUCCUGCGAGUCUGCCCUUGAGGAUCUCCGUAACGAGAUCAAGGACGUACCAGUUGGGCAGGGGGAGGAGGUGACCUCAAAUGCCCUUCCGCAACCUAAAAGCGACUCAAAUGUCAUCACUGCGGAGAAGUACUUUUUACCAUUCGAGCUGGCAUGUCAGAGCAAGUCGCCGAGGAUCGUAGUGACCGCCCUGGACUGUCUGCAGAAGCUGAUCGCGUACGGCCAUCUCACCGGCAACGUGCCCGACUCGACGGAGCCGAGCAAGUUGCUGAUCGUGCGAAUAGUCGAGACGAUCUGCGGCUGCUUCACCGGUCCGCAGACCGACGAGGGCGUGCAGCUGCAAAUCAUCAAGGCUUUACUGACCGUGAUGACAAGCCAGCACGUGGAGGUGCACGAGGGCACGGUAUUAUUGACGAUCCGUACUGUUUACAACGUCUACCUGGCGUCCCGCAACCUGGUGAACCAGACCACCGCUCGCGCGACCCUCACGCAAAUGAUCAAUGUGAUCUUCGCGCGGAUGGAGACUCAGGCCGAGGAGGAGAGCGUGAAGCUCGACGGGGAGCAUCAGCAACAGGAAGCCGCCGUCGUGGCGAACGGCGAUAUCGAGGCCGAGGCGAACGCGGAGAGCGUCUCCGACGCCGUGGACCCCCGAACAAUCGUCAAGGGCAUCCUCGAUGAUGUGGUGAACUCCGUGGUGCCGCUGGAAGAGGAGGUCAACCUGGAGAACGGCGGCGCGGAGGACAACGGCGACGAGGUGACCGCCGAGAACGACAACAUGGUCACCGCCAAGUUCACCCACGUGCUGCAGAAGGACGCGUUCCUGGUGUUUCGCGCCCUCUGCAAGCUAUCGAUGAAGCCGCUGCCGGAUGGCACUCCCGACCCUAGGUCGCACGAGCUUCGCUCCAAGAUCCUGUCGCUGCAGCUACUCCUGGGGAUCCUGCAGAACGCCGGCCCAGUGCUGCGCUCCAACGAGAUGUUCGUCAUCGCUAUCAAGCAGUAUCUGUGCGUCGCGCUGUCGAAGAACGGCGUGUCCUCGGUGCCGGAGGUGUUCGAGCUCUCGUUAGCACUGUUCCUGGCGCUCCUCGCGCGCUUUAAGGUGCAUCUCAAGAUGCAGAUCGAGGUGUUCUUCAAGGAAAUCUUUAUGAACAUCCUCGAGACCUCCAGCAGCUCCUUCGAGCACAAGUGGAUGGUUAUACACGCGCUAACGAGGAUCUGCGCGGACGCCCAGAGCGUCGUCGACAUCUACGUCAACUAUGAUUGUGACCUCUCCGCCGCGAAUCUCUUCGAACGACUCGUCAAUGAUCUCUCCAAGAUCGCCCAGGGUCGCCAGGCCCUGGAGCUCGGCGCGUCGCCGAAUCAGGAGAAGUCCAUGCGAAUUCGCGGCCUCGAGUGUCUCGUGUCCAUCCUGAAGUGCAUGGUAGAAUGGAGCCGGGACCUGUACGUGAAUCCGAGUGUGCCGGCGGACCAACAGCCCCUCUCGGAUCCACCGGAACCAGCGCCGGAAAUCCCGCUGCCACGCUACGGAAGCGCCGGCAGUCUCUCGUCCGCCAACUCCAGCCUAACCGGAGGUAACAAAGAGGUGCCGGACUCGCCGGAGCAAUACGAGGUGCAGAAGCAGCAGAAGGAAGUAUGGGAGACCGGCAUCGAGAUCUUCAGCCGGAAACCAGGCAAGGGUGUGCAGUAUUUGCAGGAGCAAGGUUUACUUGGAACCUCGCCCGAGGACGUAGCUAGGUGGCUGCAUCUGGACGAGCGACUCGACAAGACUGCCAUCGGCGACUUUCUGGGCGACCACAAUCACAAUCAGGUGAUGUACCACUACAUUGAUCAGAUGAACUUUGCCGAGCGCGACCUGGUAACCGCUUUGCGAUACUUUCUGGAAGGCUUUCGACUACCCGGCGAAGCGCAGAAGAUCGAUCGACUGAUGGAGAAGUUUGCCAGUCGGUAUUGCGAAUGCAAUCCCAACAACGGCCUCUUCACCAGCGCGGACACAGCUUACGUCCUCGGUUUCUCAAUCAUAAUGCUGACUACUGAUCUGCACUCGCCGCAGGUUAAGAAUAAAAUGACCAAAGAACAGUACAUCAGGCUUAACCGACGUAUCAGCGACAACGAGGACCUCCCCGAGGAGUACCUCUCCAGGAUCUACGACGAGAUUGCCGGUAACGAGAUCAAGAUGAAGUCGAACCCCAACAACAGUCGACUCGCUGGUAAGCAGCUGAUCUCCAGCGAGAAGAAACGCCGAUUGCUGUGGAACAUGGAGAUGGAGGUGAUCUCUACGGCAGCGAAGAACCUGAUGGAGUCCGUCAGUCAUGUCCAGGCGCCGUUUACCACGGCGAAGCAUCUCGAGCACGUGCGGCCGAUGUUCAAAAUGGCCUGGACGCCGUUUCUCGCGGCCUUCAGCGUCGGCCUGCAGGACUGCGACGACACAGAGAUCGCGUCGCUCUGCCUGGACGGCAUCAGGUGCGCCAUCCGCAUCGCCUGCAUCUUUCACAUGAGCCUUGAACGCGACGCUUACGUACAGGCACUGGCUAGAUUCACCCUGCUGACGGCCAACUCGCCUAUCACCGAGAUGAAGGCGAAAAAUAUCGACACUAUCAAGACCCUGAUCACGGUGGCGCACACCGACGGCAACUACCUGGGUAGUUCGUGGCUCGACGUCGUCAAGUGCAUCUCCCAGUUGGAACUGGCGCAGCUGAUCGGCACCGGAGUGCGGCCCCAGCUGCUGGGUCCGCCGUCCAAGCCGCACUUUCCCUCGCCCCUGGCGAACUUCGGCAGUCUCGCGCAUUCCGCCGGCUCGCACCAGACCAGUAAUCUCAACCUGAGCUCGCUGGACCCCAGCGUAAAGGAAUCCAUCGGCGAGACCAGCUCGCAAAGUGUUGUCGUGGCCGUGGAUCGUAUAUUCACCGGCUCGACGAGACUCGACGGCGACGCCAUCGUCGAAUUCGUCAAGGCUCUCUGCCAGGUCUCUCUCGAGGAGCUGGCGCAUCCCACGCAACCUCGCAUGUUCUCCCUCACGAAGAUCGUCGAGAUCUCGUACUACAACAUGGGUCGUAUCAGGCUGCAGUGGUCCAGGAUCUGGCAGGUCCUCGGCGAUCAUUUCGACAGGGUGGGCUGCAGUCCUCGGCAAGAUAUCGCGUUCUUUGCCGUGGAUUCUCUGAGGCAGCUAGCUACCAAGUUCAUUGAGAAGGGCGAGUUCGCCAAUUUCAGGUUCCAAAAGGACUUUCUCAGGCCGUUCGAACACAUUAUGAAAAAGAAUAGAUCACCCGUGAUCAGAGACAUGGUCGUCAGAUGCGUGGCUCAGAUUGUCCACUCGCAGGCACCCAACAUCAGAUCUGGUUGGAAGAACAUCUUUAGCGUUUUUCAUCACGCGGCCAGCGAUCGCGACGAGUCCGUCGUCGAGCUGGCUUUCUCCAUGACGGGCAAAAUCAUCAAUGAGCUGUACGCGGAGGACUUCAGCAUCAUGGUGGAUUCCUUCCAGGACGCUGUCAAGUGUUUGAGCGAGUUCGCGUGCAACGCGUCUUUUCCGGACACCAGUAUGGAAGCUAUACGGUUAAUACGUUCCUGCGCGUCCUAUAUUGACGCGAAUCCUAAUCUAUUUGCCGAAGGUAUGAUGGACGACAGCGGGAUGGUCUCCGAGGAAGAUCGAGCCUGGGUGAGAGGAUGGUUUCCGCUACUGUUUGAAUUAUCCUGCGUGGUAAGCAGAUGCAAGCUAGACGUCAGGACGCGCGCGUUGACGGUGCUCUUCGACGUCGUCAAAACUCACGGCGCGUCUUUCAAGCCUCAUUGGUGGAAGGAUCUCUUCCAGGUUCUCUUCAGAAUUUUCGACAAUAUGAAAUUGCCCGAGCAACAUACCGAGAAAGCUGAGUGGAUGACGACGACGUGUAACCACGCGCUAUACGCCAUUGUGGACGUUUUCUCGCAAUUUUACGAUAUUCUGGGUCCCCUGUUGCUGGAACAGCUGUACUUUCAGCUGCUCUGGUGUGUACAACAGGACAACGAGCAACUGGCUCGGUCGGGCACGAAUUGUCUGGAAAAUUUGGUCAUCAGCAACGGUAUCAAGUUCGAUGAGCAGACCUGGGAGAAGACUUGCCAAUGCGUUCUGGACAUUUUCGAGAGCACCCUGCCGUCCGCUCUACUCACGUGGAAACCGCAGUCGCUUAACAAGGAGUCCGACCUUGACGUGAUCACCGGCGAGUCUGACGGUCUUCAUAUUGGCAUCCUGAAGCGGAGCAACAGCGCGCAGAGUCUGAAUACCGAGUCCCUACCAAAGGCGAAGCUCUUCUCUGCGUUGCAGAUCAAGUGCGUGGUCCAGCUCGAGCUGAUACAGACCAUCGACAACAUCGUCUUCUAUCCGGCGACCUCGCGCAAAGAGGAUCAGGAGAAUCUCGCGCUCGCACAGGCCGACAUGCUAAACGGCAAAUCGUCGGAGCUUGUAAAAGCCAGCGCCGAUCAGCAGAAAGAGGAACAGGGCAUGUACUGCGCCCUGACGACCAAUCAUCUGCUGCAACUGGUGGAGUGUCUGCUGCGCUCGCACCGUUUCGCGAAGAACUUCAACUCGAAUCACGAGCAGCGCAACGUGCUAUGGAAAGCGAGCUUUCGCGGCAAUGUAAAGCCGAAUCUGCUGAAGCAGGAGACUCAGUCGCUUGCUUGCGCGCUACGCAUUCUCUUCAAGAUGUACAGCGACGAGGCGCAUCGCGCGGACUGGCCCAGGGUCGAGGCGCGUCUGGUCGAGGUGGCGUGCGAGGCCCUCGAAUACUUCCUCUCGCUCGCGAACGAGGCUCAUCGCGAGGCCUGGACGCCGAUCCUGCUGCUACUGCUCACGCGGAUCCUGAAAAUGAGCGACCACCGCUUUGCGGUUCACGCCUCCACCUGCUAUCUCCUCUGCGAGGUCAUGUGCUUCGAUCUCAAGCCCGAGCUCAGAUCGGUGCUGCGUAGGUUUUUCCUCAGGAUCGGACCGGUCUUUAGAAUCACGCAGCAGUAGUAGAAAUAGUAUACUGUGUAUCUUGAAAUUUUUUUAAGGCUCCUGACUUCUCAUCGUCCAUGUUAGAUCGUGACGUCAGAGAAAAUGCAAGCUAUAAAAUUCUUAGAUGCCAUUUUGAAGUAAAAAAAUAUCUAAUAAUUAAAACCGAUAUCUAAGAAUUUUCAGCGUUUCUCGCCUCUAACGUCACAAUCUAAGAUAGCCGCGGCGAGGACCCGAGAGCUUGAUUCCGGCUUCGACGGAACUCUCUAUCGCGAGAGAAACCCCUUCUAAUGAUAGGAAUGUAAAAAUUAAAUGUAAAGCGCGGUUAGAUACUUCGCCUCGCAUUAAACCGUUUAUGUACGAUCUACAAUAGGAUUCUCAAUUUUUUUUCUUCAUUUUGCAUUACACGUACUUUACCAAUUCGCUUUCUUCUGUGUAACAUUACAUGUAGCGCUAAAUGUGACUUGGAUUUUAUUUACAUAAUAUAAAUUUACACUGGCAGCCAACAAUAACUUGAUUAUAUCGAUUUAUUAAUUAAUAUAAUAUUUACGUAAUUUUUAUU